AUGGCGUGCGGGCAGGAUGUCGGGCUGGCAAACGCAGUGAGCGACGCCCUGGCGCUCGUCGGGCUGGAUGGGCUGGCGACGUUGAGCGUGCCGGUUCAGGCGGCGGGGGACUGGGCUGGCAGGAUGGGUGUGAACCCGAAGAGCACGUAUGAGACGUCGGCGGUGCUGGCGACGCACAUUGAGAGCGCGACGGUGCCGCUAAGGCUGAAGGACUCGGGGUACGACCUGGGCAGCAUGUGCGGAGCACUAAACUGCGACGGGAGCAUGCGCUUUGCGCAUCUCUCGGGCGUGUUCCCGCUGGACUCGCCACUCGAGCCCGAGCGGGACUUUAAGCGCAGGCUGUACGAUUUCUCGUCGCUCCCGUCAGGAGCGACAGAGAGACUGGUGAGCAAACGUUUCUGGGCGCGUGUUGGGCUUAUGCGAGGCGAUCGUCAGGACACGCGGCUGGAGUAUGCGAGGAUGUACGUUGCACGGGGAUUCUCGUCAUCGGAUCGGGGAGUGUUCGAGCGCUGGAGCGAGGGGUGCAGGCCGAUGCCGUACAGGAUCUUUGCGCCGGCGUACCCAAUCCCGACGUCGUUCCCGCACAUUGUCGCUCCCACGGCCGUAUCGCCACCGCGGCGACCGUACUCGGCCCCGACGGUGGGUGCACUGGCGUCGGUGCACACGGGGGCAGACACGGCACGGCUGUUUGGUGGGUACGCAGCGCUGGUGGAGGACGUGGGGCGGCGGAAGCCGGAGGUGCUGGCCGCGGUGGGACUGGAGGGAGACGAGGUGGAGGAGCUGCGGGAUGCGCUGUGGGAGCUACGGGACGGGUAUGCGGGCGGGGAGGACGGCGGAGGGGACGAAGAGCUGGGGGAGGACGAGGAGUAG